AUGCCGCAGGCCACGGCGGAUACCAAGGUGGACAGGGAGGCUACGGAGGCAGCCACGGCGGUUAUGAUGGAGGCCACGGCGGAUACCAAGGUGGACAGGGAGGCUACGGAGGCAGCCACGGCGGUUAUGAUGGAGGCCACGGCGGAUACCAAGGUGGACAGGGAGGCUACGGAGGCAGCCACGGCGGUUAUGAUGGAGGCCACGGCGGAUACCAAGGUGGACAGGGAGGCUACGGAGGCAGCCACGGCGGUUAUGAUGGAGGCCACGGCGGAUACCAAGGUGGACAGGGAGGCUACGGAGGCAGCCACGGCGGUUAUGAUGGAGGCCACGGCGGAUACCAAGGUGGACAGGGAGGCUACGGAGGCAGCCACGGCGGUUAUGAUGGAGGCCACGGCGGAUACCAAGGUGGACAGGGAGGCCGCGGAGGCAGCCACGGUGGUCAUUAGCGAGGCUGUAACCGCUUGUCACAGUGGUUACGAUUUUGGUGCAUCUUAUUUGUUACAGAGAGUCUACUAA